AUCAUGGGCUACGAGCAACGGUACCCGACUUUCAGCGUCGCAACCACACGCGUGCCUGGCGGGCCACUGGAGCGCCGCGCCGUCCUGUUCCUGCCCAACACCACCUUCCCCUCGGCCGACAACUUUAUCGAGCGCUGCCGCGCCGCGUCCGAGCAGGUCUACGGCGUUCCGACGCACCAGCACCACGACGCACCCGGCGAGCUCUCGGCGUGGUGCGCGCUGCGCAACGAGGGCUGCAAGUACCGCGUCGUCGCCCUCGCGUUGACCGAGCGGUGGCUCUUGACCGAGCGCCUGUGCACGUGGACACACAGCCACCCGGCCAACAAGGCCGAGGCAGUGCCGGGCACCAUCUACGGCAAGCGCGCUCACGGGUCGAUUGACGGCCUCAACUCGUCUUCUGGCGUGCCCAACGUGGCAGGGUCGAUCCGCAGCCAGCUCAAGGCCGCGUCGCCUUCGGUCGGUCCUCAUCCUCUCCCGAGCAGCACGACCACCUUCGACAGCCUCCAUGCCGCCUAUCACGCCUUCCAUGAUGCCCUCGCUCCUGCCUACACGCGCUCGGUCCACUUCGACCGCAAAGAAGACGAGUCGACCUUCCGGCUCUCGUGCGGCGAGUCGAGCGGGCCCAGCCUCGGCAACGGCAACGGCGUCGACUGCACCUUCUUCAUCGACCUCGUCAUCGACGAGCAGAGCCGCCGGUGGUACGCCGGCCCGUCGUCAGUGUGGCAGCACGCGCACGGACCGGCCGAGAGGGCGCCCGCUCAGGAGGAAGCUUCGCCCGCGCUCUCGACGCUCCAGGACGUGUCACCGCCCCCGAAAAGGCCCAGGCUCGCCGUCACCACCCCGGCGAGGCCAGCCUCGAGCACGCCCGACACGCUCAUGCCGACUGCGUCGCCGACACCGGCCCCGAGCCAGACGGCGGCUUCCACCGUGCCCGACGAGCCUCCCGCAGCGGCGCCGUCGAGCGCGUUGAGCGAGUCGGCGACAGCGCCGUCGGGAUCGCCCGUUCCGCCUCCUGCUCGUUCGCCCGCCGCCGAGCCUCGCCCCGACGUGUCGGCCUUCCUCGCAGCUCUCAAUCCGUCGCUCGUGUCGUUGGCGCCGGCCCUCGUCGCCGCGGGCUACGACUCGGUCGAGGCGCUCGCGUCGCUCGCGCUCGCCCAACCGGCCAUCCUCGACCUGGCGCUCACCGAGGUCGCGCUGCGAGCCGCUCUCGGCCGGUCGGUGCGCCUCGACGCCGAGCGCCACGCGUCGCUCGACGAGGUCAAGCGGCUUGCGGUCGCGCUCAGGGCGGCGUUUGCGCUCGAGGAGGGUGGUCGCGCUUGA